AAGGACGGGCAGGGUCCGUCACUUGGAGCCACCGCUGCCCGAGGCACGGCUCCACGGCACGCCCAGAGGGGGCGGCCCGCUGGGGAGCACAAAUUCCGGCGGUUCGGGCACGGGGGGCAGCCGGGGACGGAGAACGAGCGGCAGGGCCCCGGCCCCGGGGCCGCCCUGGCUCCAAAGUCCCCGCCGCCCUCGCAGCCGCCUCCUCCGAGCCCGGCUCCGGAGUGUGAAGCUAGUGAAAAAAGAUAACACUGCCUCUGAAUAGACUUCUGUAGAAUCUGUAUUUUCUCCUUUUGAAACUGCUGAAGAAAGAUGCCUUCCCUGAGAGGAAAAGCCCAGACUGUCUUGGGCCUUGUGGAGCCGGACCAGCUUGGCUACACGUUGACUCAUGAGCACUUGUCUAUGAACUACAGCAGCUGUUUUUGUCCACCUUCACCAGGCCAAGAGCCUUUGUCUGAUGGGCCCAUUGAGAUGAAGAACUUGUUUUGGAUUAAGCAGAACCCCUACAGCCACAAAGAAAACCUUCUUUUGUGUCAGGAAAGGGAUGCUGUAAAGGAGGAGCUGUUGCAUUUUAAAGCAGCAGGCGGUGGGACUAUCGUGGAGAACACUACCACAGGAAUCGGUCGGGAUAUGCAGACUUUGAAGAAACUCGCUGAAGAAACUGGAGUGCAUAUUAUUGCUGGGGCUGGGUUUUAUGUGGAUUCCACUCACUCUUCUCAAACACAGGCUAUGACAGUGGAGCAGCUUACAGACAUUAUUGUUGGCGAGAUACUCGACGGAGCGGAUGGGACUAACAUCAAGUGUGGCAUGGUGGGGGAAAUAGGCUGCUCCUGGCCCCUGACCCAGAGCGAACGCAGAGUGCUCCAGGCAACCGCGCGCGCCCAGUCGCAGCUCGGGUGCCCUGUGAUCAUCCACCCCGGCAGGAACAGCGAUGCGCCCUUCCAGAUCAUCCGCAUUCUGCAGGAAGCUGGGGCUGACGCUUCCAAAACUGUCAUGUCUCACCUCGACAGGACUAUAUUUGAUACAGAGAAACUUCUGGAAUUUGCUAAACUUGGAUGCUAUUUAGAGUAUGACCUAUUUGGUACGGAAUUUCUUCAUUACCAGUUCCAUCCUGACAUCGACAUGCCGAGUGACAAUGAAAGAAUUACAAGGGUUCGGAUGCUGAUCAAUGAAGGCUAUGAAGACAGAAUUCUGAUGGCUCAUGAUGUGCACACGAAGAAUAGGUUGAUGAAAUACGGAGGUCAUGGAUAUUCACAUAUCCUUAAAAACAUAGUUCCUAAAAUGCUCAUUAGAGGCAUCUCCCAAGAUAAAAUUGAUAAAAUACUCCUAGAAAAUCCAAAGCGGUGGUUGACUUUUAAGUAAGAAUAAUGAAUAAAUUUAUAAAUUCCUAUUUUAUAGGGGAGCUUGACAUAAUUCAGAUUUGUUUCAGGAGAGCAGUCAUUUAAAAACAUGCUUAUUGUCAGAGAAACUGGAAGGUAUUCAUGUUACGAACAACCUGAUUAGGACUUUUCUUUUUAAUUAGAACAACAAAACUAUGUGUUUUCUCCCUUCUGAAAGUCUGCUCAUGAAUGAUUUACUGGAUAUGAGCCUACCUGCAAAAUCUUUUCAAUGUAUUAAAAUAGUUGUUUCCAGAGAGUAAGCUAAUAAUACUAUUACGUUAUCCAGGAAUAUUUUUGAAGAUGCAUCGUCAGGGCUUUGAAGAAAAUUACAGUUUUUAAUUAAAUCCCCCUUUUCCACAGGGUGAUUUUAAUUAAUUAAUUCUUGUAAUAUUGAUAAUCCGCUAAUUAUCCUUAUAUCAUUUAAAUAAUGCUAGAUAAAAGGUCUGGCACUUUGAAGUACCUUCCAAGUAGAACAGAAGGCAAAAGAAAUGUCAAAUAAUUCUAAAAAAAUGCUCUUUCUUUCUCAUUUAAUCAUUUACUUACUUUAAACUGAACAUGUAAAAAAUACAUGGAAAGAAUUAUUUUUGAAUAAAACAAUUUGUAGACCUUUUAAACUGCGUGUAGUAUUGUUAAGGAUGUCUAUUUUUUAACUACAUUAGUUUUUCAUUGGGAAUUGAUGGAAUCUCACAGCGAUCAUGUGAAACUGCAGUACAGACCAGCUUCUUUUUGCAAGGAUGCAACACCAAAAGGCAAAAUAUAUUACAUAAUACGGUUUUAAUGAGUUGCAAUAGUUAUAACAAAGGUUGUGAUAUAAGUCUUUACAAAUCAGUAUAUCAAGAUAUGAUGAAAAAGGAAGAAAUGUUUGCCUUAUAUGUGUUUUUCACAUUAAGUGUGUUCUUUCCUCUUGUCUAACUUUAAACCAGGGCAAGUGAUUUAUCCAAAAAAAAAAAAAAAAAAGGUCUUACCCAGUAGCAAUGGUAGCCUGAUUUUGAAAGCUUCUUCAUAUUUGACCUUAUAUGUCUUGUAGUAUUGACCUUUUCCAAUAAAUACCUCAGUAAAUAUGCGUUGUUAGUUGUAAAUUAUCUCUAGCUUGGCACAUUACUGCUUGCUGCUGCACAGACGAUCUCCAGCUACACUGCUGCGAGUGCGCUAACCAUGGAAAGCAGUUGUGGACUGAACAGACGUGAAGUCAGUUACACGUCUGUUAUUAAAGUAUGUUACGUAGUAGAAGAAAAACAGAAGUGAUCACUACAAUGUGCAGAUAUAGUUUGGCACUUUGUUAUAGACUAAAAGCAUAGCCAUUCAGAUGAGAUGAUACACAAGCAGCUUGCAGCACGAUGUCCCUUUAUAAAACCUAAAUGAAUUAAACUGGCGAUCCUCUUAGUCUAGACUACCUCAGCAUAUCUUUCAAACCGGACAACUCAAAACAGAAAUGAAAUGAGCAAUAUGUUCUGUUUAAGAAAAGCUUCGCUCAUUCAAAUGAGAUUUUGAGAGAUUCUUAAAGUCUUCGUCAGUCUUCUACUGAGCAAUCAGCACUGAAGAGCUUUUUGUCUCAAUGGCAGACACUUUAGGCGUUUUAGUGCAGAUAAAUCUGAGUUUGUACCCUUAGUAGAUUAGACAAGGUUGCAUGUGGCAAAUUGCAUGAAAUUGAAAUGCUAGGGGUAGCCUCUAUUACUCUGUAACGAUUUAUACAAAUGUUACCUUCAAUUUGCCAAAAUGUUAAAAAUAACCUAACCAACUCUGCUAAGGAGCCGGUUAAUGACCUUGCUCAAUUUUUAGAUUGAAAUCUGCGAGUUUGAACCUGAGAGAAAUAGACAGCCUCCCCUCCCCAAACCAAAACAAAUAAUGAAUCUGAUUUCUGAAGACAAGUAUUCUGUGGCUAUUAGUGGUAUGACAGAUUUUAAAGCAUUUUUAUAACUAUGUAACUCAUAGUACCUGUGUUUAGUUUAAUUCUCCAAGCCGUUAAUCCUUUAUACAUAUUAAACUUCUUUCUUUGAGCCUUAAUAUAUAUAUAUAUCUCUAUAUAUGAAUGAGAAAAAUAGGUUUUAAUACACGCUUCUUUUUGCAAGUAAAUAUCUGCUUCUUUCUUUGCAUAUGUGUUUUCAUUUUUGGUAGUAUGCUUAUCUGUGUCCAUUUCAUAGGCACGCCUUACCACAAAUGGCUAACUAGCUACCACGGAAAAGGUCUGUGUCCCACCGUUCUCUCUCAGGUCACAUCUCCCACUCUUCCUUUGUGGGGAUAGUCUCACCAACUCCAGUGAGACAAGACACCGGCGACAGCUAAGGUUUUGACCCAUUCCUACAAAAUUCUAGUUGAACAUCUGCAGUAUGCUGUCAUCACUAUUUUAUUACAAAGUGUACCCAAGUACAGUCUAAGUGUUGAAGGACUAAUGACGACUAAUUGCUGCAAAGAAAACAUUUGACCUUGGUCUGAGGAUGUUGAUGCUAGGCUUGCUAAAUAUUUACACGACUAACCAUCAAGAAUGGGCCUGUAAAACUGGCUAACUAUAUAUUUACACGUUUACAAAUGAAGAGCCAAAUCCUCUUUCCACUAACAUCAAUGGGAGUUUUGCCAUUGGCUUCAGUGUAAUCGGGGAUUUGGUCCAAUAUAAUAGUUUGUCAGCUGUUAAAUAUUUC